CCCCCCGAGCCGCGCAGUCUCGCGCCGCGCCUCGCCCCGGCAACAUGCGUCACGGGCUGCAGCUGCUGCUGCUAUACCUGUACUCAGUACAAGCCAACUUGGAAGGGCCCUUCCUCUUCUUCGGCCCCAAGUCCUUGGAGAAAUACAAACGCCCCGCGUUGAAGUAUUUAGACCAGGAUGAGCUGAUGCGUAUCUACGGCGAGCAGGCGGCCAUCGUGGUGUUCAACAACCAGGACUCGGUGCCGCUGUCGAGCGGCUACUUCCCGCGGCUCAGGAAGAUGCUGGAGCGGCAGAGCACGCUGGUGCUGACGCAGGACUUCCUCGACGUGCACCCCGACUACAUCAGCAACGAGACGCAGGUGCUGACGCUGCAGGGGCCGUGGUCGGAGCGCGACGCGCAGAUGACGGAGACCUUCGCGCGCCUGCAGGACAUCUACGGCACCGGCAGGGUGCUCGGCAUACUAGGUAACUCGGUAUCUCAGAGCCAAUCAGCUGACUACAUCGACGGCGAGCCAUGGGCGCGGGUUCGACGCCAAGCGCAGAACGAGUCCGCCUCGUCGACCACCUCUCCUGAGGACGAGAGACCUUCCAAGGUCAUGCAGAAGUUUGCACUUUAUAACGCUACAGGUCCUCCCGGCAAAGGAGCGCUCCUGUACUCGUCAGGCUGGCCGGAGCUGCGGCGCACGAACGGCACCACCAUCAGGCUCAGCACGCCGGUCGGCGAGCCCACCAUCAAGCCCACUCGCCUCUACACCAUCAUGGUCGUGAGGUUCGUCGAUGGAGACAGCAGGGAUAAGAUAACUCUCGAGUUCAGUUUCAAGCAAUCAGGCGGAUGGUGGACGGCGGUAGGCGUGGAGGUUCGCUUCGGCUUGGAGACGACUGGCAUCAGCCUGAAGGCGCCUUCUCCACUAGACGCUCCAUCCGCGGUGCUCGGCAAGUCUUACCACUGCUCACUGCCGCUGGUCUACUCUUCCGAAGACGCUACGCUAGUAUUGCCAGAUGUACAGAUGCAAAUGUUCAUGGACAGCACGGAGAAGUUCGCUGAUGCUUUCGACUGCAUCGGCUUCACAACUGUACCGAUCUGGUCAGGCAUCAUGGUAUCGUUCAUCAUGCUGGUCGGGCUGGGCAUCUCGCUCACCAUGAUCAUGGACAUCAAGACCAUGGACCGCUUCGAGAACAACAGGAGCAAGCAGCUCACCAUCACUGUCAGCGAAUGAUUCACAACAGUUGCUCUACUCAACACUUGUGUGACCACGGUCGCGAACUACAAGCCUCGUUAUAUGAUGGAUAUGAUGAGGUCUUGUAUCUUUAUCAAAACAACAUAAUCACUCUUUGGAGCUUCCUUGGGGUAAUGAAGUCCAUCACGAGUAUUACCCCCUCUACACAGGUCACGUACAAUAGCAUGCUACACGCUACGAAAUCAAUGUGAAUUUAGUUCGGUGUACGCAUGUUAGUGUACGUGAAGCAGGUAUUUUCCAUGCUGGUCUGGGAAUGAGAGAAAAACAUAGAAGGAUCAGCUGCUUCUCGUCCCGCGCAAGUCGUAAGAGGCGACUGAGGGAGUCCCGGGCCCGCGGGCGCAGCGCCCGCCCGCCGCCGCCACCCACAGCCCGAGCGCUAGCAACGCUUCAGGAGACUCGCUUCUGAAGCGUUGCUUAUAGACUAUUUUUGUACCAUUUUCUAGUUUAUAUCGCUGCAUUCAAAGCCGGGAAAACGCUUAGCAUAAUUAUAUGUCCGAAAUCAGCAUGUAUCUGCUCUGUUCCUGUCCUCUUGUCUUUCCCUAGUAUGUAAGGAUAAGUUAGAUGUAAGUUGUAAAUAGAUAGUGUAGACAAUGUCCUGUACCGCGGUACACGAGGACGUUGUCACUUACACGUUACUGUUGUUCAAGGUAAGACUACACGGGUAGAUAAUUAUAUAUGGAGAUACAGCAAAACAUUAAAAUAUCAUAUCAGUGUUU